AUGCUGGACGAACUACCCUGUGUGUGGAAUGGCUUAUUUUCAGAGUCUGGCGAUUAUUCUUUUGGCUACAAUGAGAAAUUGUUAACCACUUCAAUUGCACAUGAGUACUCCAGCACUCACUCAAAUAGAGAUGCCUUAAACAAUAACAACAAUAAUAAAUUAUAUAGCCUAAAGCGCGUUUUACAGCUUAUUUUAGAAAGCAACGACUCUGAAAUCACCAAUGAGGCCUUAGAGUCGCUGUUUAAACUAAGGGAGGAGUUGCUGGCAACAUUCUCUGAAGUGGCACGCGAGCAGAAUUUCGAGGAACUUUUGACUGAAUCCAUAAAGUUAAUUAUUGUUGACGCUUUUAAUCGCAAGGUAAAGGACGGGAACAAGGACUAUUUGCCAAGUAUGACCGACGUAUCCAGUGUAAAAAAUGUUGAACGUUUUAUGAAAGUGGUUUCUGAAAUAAAUACACUGUUGAAUGAUAUUAAAAAAACGAAUAAGGAGAUCGCAUACAAGAUGGAUAAAAUUGAGGAGGUAUUAAAUCUAAUAUACCUGCAUAUACAAACACAUAUAGGUUAA